UCUAUAUUCGUGCGUCCCACAAUAUCACUAGCAAAGAUAUGUUUCGUUUUUAGUGGACAAGGUCCUCAAUGGUGGGCUAUGGGUCGACAACUGUAUGAAAAUGAACCUGUUUUUACUCGAUGGAUUAAAUUGAUCGAUGCUGAAAUGGCAAAGAUCAACAAUGGUGAAUGGAAUCUAUUGGAAGAAUUAAUUAACAAAAAAAGUGAAAAUGAAUCUCGUAUUAAUGAUACAAAUAUUGCCCAACCAGCUUUAUUCGCUAUUCAAGUUGGACUGGCUGCUUUACUCGUUUCAUGGAAUAUUUAUCCUUCAACAAUCGUUUCACAUAGUGCUGGAGAUCAGGCAGCUGCUUUUGUAGCCGGUCGUCUCACUUUGCAAGAAGCUGUUCGUACUGUUUAUCAUCGAUCACGUCUUCAAAAUCGUAAUACACGACAAGGUGGUCGUAUGUUAGCCGUAUCCAUGAGUGAAGAAGAAGUACAAAAUAAACUUCUCAAGGGUAUUGAACAUCUUGUUUGUAUUGCUGUUGUUAACAGUCCUCGCUCCGUCACGUUAAGUGGAGAUGAAAAGAUUAUCGAUGAAUUACAACAGACACUCUCAACAUUCUAUCCAAAUGUUUUCAAAGCUCGUCUUCGUAUUGAAAAUGCAUUUCAUUCUUAUCAGAUGGAUCGAUUCGACAUAGAAAAAGAGAUGUUAUCGUCACUUAAAGAUAUCCAAGGAUUUCCUCUAAAAGACUCUCAACAAAUGUUCAAUCCAAAAUGUGCUAAAGCUAAUCUUUAUUCGAGUGUAACUGGUAGUAAAUUAAGUGAUCAAAUACCAGUCGAUGCUCGUUAUUGGUGGUCAAAUGUGAGACAAUGUGUUCGAUUUCAUGAUGCUAUGGUAUCGAUUCAACAACAUGAUGCUCCAACUGUUUUUCUUGAACUUUCACCACAUCCAGUUUUGGCUACAUCUAUUGGAGAGUGUUAUCAGUCGACAAAUAGUCAACCACUUAUUCUUCCAACAUUGAAACGAAAAGAAAAUGAACAAGUAACAUUACUUACUAGUCUCGCACAACUAACGACAUCGUCCCAUGUUUGGCAACAAUAUUUUCAUACUCGAGAUAUAUCACCGAUGAUAGAUAAUGAACAAUUAUUUGAUGAUUUUCCAUUGUAUUCAUUUGAUCUUAGUUCAUGUUGGUAUGAAUCAAAAGAUUCCGUUAUUACACGUUUGGCUAAUCGUAUUCCAAUUCAUCCUCUACUCGGUGUUCGUCAAUUAACAGGACAAACAAGUGCGACGUGGAAGAGUCUUAUCAAUAUUAAUCUACCCCAAUACGCUUAUCUGAAAGAUCAUAAAGUUCAAGAUGCAAUUCUCCUUCCUGCUGUUGCUUAUCUUGAACUUGUAACAGCUGCAUAUCAUCAAUUAUUUCUAUCAUCAGAUAACAAACAAUCUUCACUUGUUUUAAAACAAAUCAAAUUUGUCAAAGCUCUUAGUUUUAGUGAACAUGAGUUAACAGAAGUAUUCACCCAGAUUGUCGUACCAGUUCGUGAGUGGUUUAUCUACAGUCGACCAUGGACAUCAGCUGGUUCAGAUAAUAUGCAUUCAUCAGGUAUGGCGAGUGUUGAUGUUGUCGAUUCUUUUAUCGAUCCAGAAACUCUCAACCAAUAUUCAUUACGUGAAUUCACUCUACAUGCUCAUGGUCAUAUUGAGAUGGAUGGUGUUCUACAAAAAUUAACAACACUACUUUCUAACAGCCCAGCUCACAAUACCUGGUCCACGACUGAUCCGAUCAGUAUUUAUACUCAUCUGUCAACACGAGGCUAUCAAUAUGGACCUUGUUUUCAAAACAUACAAUCAUUAUGUGGUACGACAUCUACAAUUAUUGCUCAAAUUCAGAGUAAUCUUGAUGCAAUUAUUGAUCUCUCUUGUUAUCAUUUACUUCAUCCAACUAUAUUGGAUACGUUUUUACAGUCACCUCUGGUUUUGUUACCUGGUGUUGAUUUUACAGUCCUUCCAGUUAGUAUCCACAAAUUUGUUGUUACGAACAAGAUGAACACAUCUCACUCAAAUGUUGAAUUGCGUGGAAAUUAUCAUGAUAUCGUUUGUGGCCUAGGUCAAGAACGAACAUAUACUUGUGACUUAUUGAUUCUGCCCAGUGGUGACACGACAAUCAAUGAACCGAUGUUCAUUUUUGAAGGUCUUGUAUAUCAACAAGUUCAAGGUGUACAAUCUGGUCGAUGGACAUUAGAGAAGUCCAUUUUUGACAAAUUAAAUGCAGCUGCUGAUUUACCUAAUGCAGAUCGUUGUGAACAACUAGAUACAAUUAUAAAAGACUAUUGUAUAGAGAGAAUAUGGAUGGAUUCACCAAUAACAAAAAGUGUAGCUGACUUACUUCCAUCGCUCGAUCAGAUUCGUAAUGAUGGAAUCGAUGUCGUUAGUAACCAAGAUUUGAUUGAGUCAAUUGACCCAUUCAAUGAAUUAGCUGCAUGUUAUGCUCAAGUAGCAAUAAAAGAUCUCGAUUUAAAUCUUGUCGAUGAUCUGCUUGGUCCUUUAUUAAAUGCAUGUCAGUCUCUUGUUACUAUUUUACAUGAACAAAUAACAUUACAUUCUAUACAAAUUCGUCUAAGACAUUUAUUUGAUCGUUUUCCUCGUCUCAAACCACUUCUCAUUUCAUUGGACACAUAUGGUUCGCGUCUGAAAGACAUUUUAACUGGAGAACAAAAUGGAUUCGAUGUAUUCUUUGGAAACAAUGAAACUGAACAAACAUUGCAACAAAUAAAAACUAUUAUUAGUGGAAAUAAAACACAACAGAUAUUUCAUGCAAUAUGUCAAUAUCUUCGUAUCUUAAACGAGCAGGGUAGUCAUGGAUCACUCAGCGAUCGACGACUACGUAUACUUUGGUUUGCUGGUGGUGAACAGUUGGACGUUCUACCUGUUCUUCAUCUUUUACUUAAUUUAUCACGUCAAACAAGUUUAUGGAUUGAUUUACAUUAUGUGGAUAUGGAUCCAGUACAGCUCGCACAAGCUGAACAACUAUUUGAGACACAUUUAGUUGAUCAAACUCAUUUAAAUAUAAUAUACGAUCAAACAAUUGACUUAUUUAACAAUGAAAUCCUUGAAAAAAUUCCAUUCGAAUCGUUUGAUAU